CCGUGGGAAAACGGAGAAAGAAUCACUUAUUACUUGAUGCAUGUGUAGCUGGCCUCCUCAUCAGCCACCUGCCAUUGCUCUCCAUUAAUUAAGGCCUCCCCCAACCCUAUAAAUCCACGCCUACUGCUCGCACUCCAUUCACGGUUCUCCAAGGUCAACAAGAGUGAGUGGGGAGAGAGCUAGAGAUAGAGGCCGCGCGCCAUCACUACCAUGGAUCGGCAGCUGCUGAGGACGGUGAAGCAGGCGACGAUGGACCACGCCGGCCUCAUGUACCACCGUCUCGUGGGCCACAUCCCGCACCUCCUCGCGGUCACGCUGCUCGCCGUGGUGGCGCCGCAGCUGUCGACGCUCACGCCGGACAAGGCGCGCGCCCUGUGGCUGUGGGCCACCGUGAACGCGCCGGCGCUGGCCAUGGCGUGCUGGGCGGCGGCGCUGGCGGCGUACACGUACGCGUCGUCGCGGCCGCAGCCGGUCUACCUGGUGGACCUGGCCGGGUACAAGCCGCCGGCGGAGCUGGAGGCGUCGCGCGCCAAGACCAUCGUCCACUUCCAGCGGUGCGGGCGGUUCAGCGAGCAGAGCAUGGCGUUCCAGAAGCGGAUGCUGGAGCGGUCCGGCCUCGGCGAGGCCACGCACUUCCCCAUGUCGCUCAUCCGGCUGCCCGUGGACAUGUGCGACCGGACGGCCAUGGAGGAGUCCCACGCCGUCAUCUUCGGGGUCGUCGACGAGGUCCUCCGCAAGUCCGGCGUGGCGGCCGGCGACGUGGGGGUGCUCAUCUUCAACUCCAGCCUGCUCAGCCCGACGCCGUCCUUCACGUCGCUCAUCGUCAACCGCUACAGGUUCCGCGACGACGUGGUGACGCACAACCUCAGCGGCAUGGGGUGCAGCGCCGGCAUCAUCGCCAUCGACCUCGCCAAGCGACUGCUCCAGGUACACCGGAACACGUACGCGCUGGUGGUGAGCACGGAGAACAUCACCCUCAACGCCUACAUGGGCAACAACCGACCCAUGCUGGUGACCAACACGCUCUUCCGCGUCGGCGGCGCCGCCAUCCUCCUCACCAACCGGGCCGGCGACCGGGCGCGCUCCAAGUACCAGCUCAUCCACACGGUGCGCACCCACCGGGGAGCGCACGACCAGAGCUACGGCUGCGUGACCCAGGAGGAGGACGAGGUGGGCGAGGUCGGGGUCGCCCUCUCCAAGGAGCUCAUGGUGGUCGCUGGCGAGGCCCUCAAGACCAACAUCACCACGCUCGGCCCGCUCGUCCUCCCCAUGUCCGAGCAGCUCCGCUUCCUCGCCACCGUCGUGCUCAAGAAGGUCUUCCGCGCCCAGGUCAAGGCGUACCUCCCCGACUUCAAGCUCGCGCUCGACCACUUCUGCAUCCACGCCGGCGGCAGGGGCGUCCUCGACGAGCUCGAGAACAGCCUCAAGCUCACCCCCUGGCACAUGGAGCCCUCCCGGAUGACGCUCUACAGGUUCGGCAACACCUCCAGCAGCUCCCUCUGGUACGAGCUCGCAUACUGCGAGGCCAAGCGCCGGAUCAAGAAGGGAGACCGCGUCUGGCAGAUCGCAUUCGGCUCAGGCUUCAAAUGCAACAGCGCCGUCUGGAGGGCGCUGCGUACCGUCGACGACGCCGGCGAGAACCCGUGGAUGCAGGACCUCCACCUGCUCCCCGUCGACGUGCCCAAGGUGGUGCCCAUCGACGAGACCUCUUACCAAGUCCCAAUAAUCUAGCUCUAGCUCUAGCUUGCUAGCUAGCUACCUCUGGCUUUCCGUCGUCAGUCCAGCAUUAUCACCAAUUCUCAUCAGGCUUAUUUAAUUUAUUUUAAUUAGGCGGUCGAGGGUUUUUACUCUAUGUUUUGAUUAAUAACUUCUUUUUAUCAUGUACGUAAAUCUCAAUGAACUAGCAACAAAUCCCAAUCGAUUUAUCUACAUGCAUUAAUUAGUGUUGCCGUGGA